CAGGCAGGACAAUUCAGUCUGGAUCUUCCUCAUUUCACAGUGAGCAGACAACAUCAGCUUUGACAACACAGAGUAUAUCCUCACAGAGAAGAUCUGGUAUGACAUCUAAGACAUUCAGUCCUCUCACUACCCAUGUGCUAAAUACUGCAGAUGGGGUUCCUGGAGCCCACAUGGCUCUCAGUCUGCACCGCCUGGACCCCCACAUGGUCCUCUGGAACCUCUUAACUAUAGGAACCACAGAUAAGGAUGGCCGCUGUUCGGAGCUAAUCACCAGAGAAGCUUUCACUGCAGGCAUGUAUAAAAUACGCUUUGAGACUGGCCAGUACUGGGAAACUUUGGGCCAGACCUGUUUUUACCCAUAUGUUGAGAUUGUCUUCACCAUAAUAGACCAGGAUCAGACGUUUCACCUGCCUCUACUCCUCAGCAGAUUCUCCUACAGCACCUACAGGGGCAGUUAGUGAAGUACAGGCACCUACACUUGAUACAGAUGUUCAGCAAUAAUCUGAUCUCCAGUGAUGCAUUUGUGUUUCAGUUAGAAGGAUCUUCCUGACGUUUGUGUUACUGGAAAGACUGAUAGAUUUGCAACACAUUGUUCUUCAUGACCCAUGUUAGUGAUGUCUAAAAACAGUAUGUGACAGUUGGGAGACUGAUCUUUUGUAAUGGUUAUUUAUCCUGAAGUGCUGACAAAAGAAAAAAAAUAAAUACAUAAAACAAC